GCCUCGCCAUAUCUGCGCCCCUUCCAACUGUUCCGCUGCUCGUCCUGUCUACUACGCGCGCACGGUAUUUCAUCGUUGUUGCCACCCAAAAUCCAACCAUUCCGUCCCUAAUCAUCUCCGGCGGCUGGGACGCUUCUCCCAAGGGGGGCCUGACCGCACGGGUCCGCCUGCCCAAGAUCCGCAUUAGCGGAAGCGGACCGCCUUGGGACGAGAGCUGAGGCUAUGAAGACGUGCGAGGUUGUGGACCCCAUGGUGGGAUCCGUCAGCAUGGUUCGUUCCAUCACAUCAAACCCGGACAAUGAUCAGCCAUUCUUCGUCGUUGACGUUGGUGACAUUCUGUACAAGGUGAAAGUCUGGAAGCUGAAGAUCCCGCGCGUCGAGCCCUUCUACGCUGUCAAGUGCAAUGGCGAUCCAGCCGUGCUGGAACUCCUGGCGGGCCUGGGGUUGGGUUUUGAUUGUGCCAGCAAGGCCGAAAUUGACACCAUUCGGGCAGUGGGAGUGGCCAGCAAUCGCAUCAUCUAUGCCAACCCAUGCAAAACCCGCUCGUUCAUCAAGCAUGCUGCGGCCGUUGGUGUUGACCUCAUGACCUUUGACAACGAGUUGGAGCUGUAUAAGGUGCGCGAGCUGUACCCAGUGGCACGCCUGGUCCUGCGCCUGCGCGUUGAUGACUCUGGUUCUGUCUGCAAGCUGGGCCUGAAGUUUGGCUGCGAAUUGGAUGAUGCACCGCAUCUCCUGUCUGUGGCCCGCAAACUUGGCCUCUCUGUGGUGGGCGUCAGCUUCCAUGUGGGGAGCAACAGCCACGAGCCCCAGUCAUUUGCACGUGCCAUCGAAAGUGCUCGUCAGGUGUUCGACCAAGGACUUGCUCUGGGCUUUCCCAUGACUCUGCUCGAUAUUGGGGGUGGCUACCCAGGAGACCGGGGCUUCCAGAAGCUCUUCGACCAGAUUGCCUACACCAUCAACACCAGUUUGGCAGAACAUUUCCCAGAGGAGAGUGGGGUUCGGGUGAUUGCAGAACCGGGCCGCUUCUUCGUGUCGUCGGCAUUCACGCUUUACACGACAGUGAUUGCCAAGAGAGAGGCUGGCGAUCGGCUCAUGUACUACCUGAACGACGGUGUCUACGGCUCCUUCAACUGCACAGUUUUUGACCAUGCAGAGCCGGUGCCCUUUGCACUGAACAGCAGCGAUGGCCCUCGGCGUCUCUGCUCCCUCUGGGGACCAACGUGCGACUCCAUGGAUCUUGUGCUGGAAGACGCCCUGCUGCCAGAGCUUCAGACAGGCGACUGGGUCGUCUUUGAGAACAUGGGUGCCUACACGCUGUGCGCUGCGUCAAACUUCAACGGCUUCCAAGCGCCAGAGGUCAAAUACACUCUUACAUAUCCCACCAUGGUGCAGCUGCAAGGCAUGGCGUUCUGGAAUAACCUCGCUCACCACCUGGGCACAGCUGUGCAGCAGACAGCGGACACAUGUGGAACAACUCCGGGACAGGGCGCGGGGGCGGCGUUGGACAAGGCGCCGCCCCCGCUCGCGGAGGUGCAUGGCUGAAGCCCAAUAAAAAAAAAUUAUAAAAGUGGCACA